AUGGCAGAAUAUAAGUUAUCUGCAUCUCUGGCAGGUCAUGAAGAUGAUGUUCGAGCUGUAGCUUUUCCAUCUCCAAAAGCUGUACUUUCAGCAUCUAGAGACGGAACAGUACGUUUAUGGAAACAACACUCAGAUAACCCACCUAUAUUCGAUGCCACGAUUUCCUCUCAUGCAACAGCGUUUGUAAAUACAGUCGCAUCUUUACCCCCGAAUUCUAAAUUUCCAGAUGGCUUGAUUAUCUCCGGCGGAAAGGAUACAGUUAUCGAAGUUCGACAACCUUCGAAAACAGCAGAAGAAAAUGCGGAAGCUCUACUCAUAGGACAUAGUCAUAACAUAUGUGCUUUGGAUGUGGAUCCAGAUGGACGAUUUAUAGUCAGUGGAAGUUGGGAUGCUGAAGCAAGAAUAUGGCCACUAGGAAGAUGGGAGUGUGAAGCAGUUCUCAGAGGACAUGAGGGUAGUGUUUGGGCUGUUCUUGCCAUAGAUUCGAAAACCGUAAUAACUGCUUGUGCCGAUAAACUCAUUAGAGUCUUUCAUACUAGUGGCAAAUUACUGCGAACCAUUCGAGGAAGUGCAGAUGUUGUUCGAGCUCUGUGCAGAUUACCCAAAGGCCAUCCAUCCGGAGCAGAUUUCGCAUCAGCAGGAAAUGAUGCAAUAAUCAGAUUGUGGACUCUUUCUGGCAAACAGGUGGCAGAAUUGCAUGGACAUGAGAACUUCAUAUAUUCUAUUGCAUCUACACCGUCAGGUGAGAUUGUUAGUUCUGGUGAAGAUCGAACUCUCAGAGUAUGGAAGGAUAACCACUGUGUCCAAACAAUCACACAUCCGGCAAUUUCGGUCUGGGGUGUAGCUGUUUGUGGGGAGACUGGGGAUAUUGUUUCGGGAGCGAGUGAUAGAGUGGUACGAGUCUUCACAAGAAUUUCUGAGCGUUUUGCAAAUGCAGAGACAAUCAAAUUAUUUGAAGAUUCCGUCAAGGAAUCAUCUAUACCUCAACAAGCACUACCAGAAGUUAACAAGGAAAAGCUUCCUGGGCCAGAAUUCCUCACUCAGAAGAGUGGUACUAAGGAAGGACAAGUUCAGAUGAUUCGUGAGCUGAAUGGGGCUGUCACUGCACAUACUUGGUCUAGCGCACAAGGCCAAUGGAUAAAUGUAGGAACUGUUGUCGAUGCUGUUGGAAGUAGUGGAAAGAAAGUCGAAUACCUCGGAAAGGAAUAUGAUUUUGUUUUCGAUGUUGAUAUUGAGGAUGGAAAACCUGCUCUCAAACUUCCUUAUAAUUUAUCGCAAAAUCCCUACGAAGCCGCCACAAAAUUCAUCGCAGAUAAUGAGCUUCCAGUAACCUACUUAGAACAAGUAGCCAACUUCAUCACAACCAAUACCCAAGGAGCGACGAUUGGUCAAACCGAAGAGAGUUCUGGACCGGACGCCUGGGGUAGUGAUCAAAGAUAUCGACCAGGAGAGGGCUCAGAGCCUGUAGAUAUCCCCCCGCCACCAAAAGUUCUUCCACAAAAGGAGUAUCUCUCAAUCAUCGUGGCUUCAAUUCCUAAAAUGCAAAAGAAGAUCGAACAAGUCAAUCAAGUCUUGAUUUCCAGUGGCCAAAAGGCCGUAUCCCUCAACCCCGAUGAGCUCGACGUUCUCCAAAAGCUCCGAAAACAUCUCGAAUCCGCUGGCGCCACAAAUACCUCUCAGGUUGUCCAAGGAGGACUGGAUCUAGCUAUCAAACUCUCAACUCAUUGGCCCUACAAAGACCGACUCGCUGGACUCGAUCUCCUUCGCCUCCUAGCCAUCGCACCAGAAACCGCAACGUUCCGUAGCUCUGGCGGUUGGACCAUCAUCGACGUCUUUUCACAAGCAGCUAUGGAAACUUUACCUCAAUUACCUCCAUCCGAAAAUCACGUCAUGAUGGCCGUCCGCGGUUUCGCCAAUCUUUUUGAUUCUACCGAAGGUCGUCAAUUGGCCACAGCGUACUUUGAAAAAGUCCACACCUUCAUUAAGACAGCUAUCAAGGAUUCGACUAAUAGAAAUUUAUUAGUAGCUGCUACGACUGUGUAUAUCAAUUAUGCGGUCCUAUUUAAAGAAAACGACCCGGAUUUCGAACAGGUUCUUGCGGUGCUAGACACACUUACGGGGAUCUUGAAAACUCAAGUGGAUAGUGAGGUGGUUUAUAGGGGGUUAGUGGGUCUAGGCACAAUUUUGAGUGUGGGAGAAGACAUUCGAGAGGCAGGAAAGGAUGUCUAUGGAGUUGCGGGGGUAGUGGAUGGUUGUGUGAAGAAGGCCAGUGACCCGAGGGUGAAGAAUGUAGGGAAGGAGAUUAAGGAUUUGCUUUAG